UGCUGUGGAACAACCAAACGUACCUUCAACAUGAAAUUCUUGAUCGUUGUCGCCCUUGCCGUCGCGGCGGUUUCCGCUGAAGAGGCCAAGAAAACCGAAAAGCGUGGCCUGGCUGGCCUUGGCUAUGGCGGGCUAGGCUAUGGAGGCCACGGGCUGGGCUAUGAUAGCCUGGGAUAUGCCGGUGGACUGGGAUAUGGCGGCUACGGCGGGUAUGGCGGUUUGGGAUACGGUGGAUAUGCUGCCCCCGUUGCCGUUAGCAAGGUAGCGUACACCACCUCCCACGGUCUCGGCGGUUACGGAGGCUACGGCGGCUAUGGCUACAGCGGUCUUGGUGGCUACGGAGGUUAUUCUGGACUUGGCGGCUAUGGCGGUCAUGGUUACUACGCCGCUCCAGCCGUCAGCUACGCCAACCACAUCGGCUACGGCGGUGCCUACGGCGGCUACGGACACGGUCUUGGCGGCUACGGAGGCUACGGCGGACUCGGCUACUACGGACAUCACUAAACUCACUACCUCGCUCCCCCAAAAUUGUGUUCAAUUUUUAUAAAUACUCAAUACUCUUGGGGUACUUCCCACUGCCAUUUUUAUAUUCGAAAUUGGUUACCUUCCAAUGGUUGUGAUAAAGUGUACCCUUAUCGUAUUUUUAGAGUAUUUUGUACAGAAA